AUGGGGAGAAGAAUAAAAGAUGGAAUUUUUGUGGUGAGCGUUUUUUUCGUCGGAUUUUUAAUAGUUUUUAUAAAAUCUAUAUUCCAUAUUACUACGUGUUUGAAAUAAUUCCAUACUGCGUAUUUUUAGCGCCAUUUCUAGUAGGAAAUCACUUCUUGGAAGAUGUUCUCGCCGCCUCAAGGAUCUCUGCCAGGAUCCAUGCAAGCCGUCGUGAGUUUCGCUUGUUUUUCGAUAUGUUCCUGAUGAAAUAUCGAUUUCAGAACCCAAAUAUGGUGAAAGUACCCGGACGGUCACCGGCUCGUAUGCCUUUGCCGACAAUGUCACCAGCUUCUGCCGAGCUUUUGCGCUCUACUGAUGCGAUCCAACAAACUGAACGGAUUGUUCGUUUUUAAUGAGGAAUGAAGAGAAAUUUCUAGGUUUCAGGUUGCUUUGACCAUAAAAAGAGCUCAAGAUGACUUGGCCUUGAAGGGACAGCUCAGGACGGUUGACCAUAUUUGGCGGCUUUUUGGUAGGACGUUUGGGAUUUUUUUUUAGAGAAUCGUGGGGAAAACACCUUCCAACAAGAAAUAAUGUUAUUUUCAUCUCUCAUCUAAAAAUUUUUUAAAGUUUCUUCUUGAUUUCUACCGUUAGUUAGUCUAAAUCCGCUCUUUCUACACGGCGUUUUUGUUAGUGGAAGAAAAUGCAAAACCAAAAAUUAAGGGGGCGUUGUCAGAAUCUCCGCCGUUCCCAUGUGACGUCAUGGGGAGAAACGCGUAAACAACAGGAAAUAUUUUUCGGUUUUUUUUUUUAAAACACAUGCCGUGUUGAAAGUAGUUCCGCGAAAUUCAAAAAAGCCACCAGAGAGUGAAAAAAAUGACUGAAUUUCAGUUCGCGAAAAUUACUUUCAACGCGGCGUGUGCCAGAGCGCCGCAGUGUAUGCACACGACACACUACACUUUACGGAAAAAAUAUAGGCGGGCCUGUUGCCAAAAAAACGCCGUCUCAAAUGACCCAGAAAGAAGCUAUGACUAGAUUUCAUACUAUUUUACAGGCAACAUGAACAUUUUCUACAUGAAAUCAAUGAUUUUGCACGCUUUGCUCUAUGCAUCGUCUCACGGAUUUUCUCACUCCCUGCAUGCUUUCCUCACAGAUUCCAGUCAAUACGAGUUAGAGUUUAUUGAUUUUUUAGAAUUUAACAUAGAAACUUUGAAGAUACAUCGAUUGCAAUCAUAAGCCUCAUCGAUUGACAAUUUCCAAGUUUGAAGGCGAAAGCCUUCUCGUCGGCUACGGCACGGUGAUUUUUUAAGAGAAUCUCCUGAAAAAGUGAUAAAAUAGCUUGAAAAUUAGCUUCGUUUCGUGCUGAUAAAAUUAUUUAGAAAAGAAAAAGUGGUUCAAAAAUGAAACUAUAAGGAUCCAAAAGAAGUUUGCUUUAAAAUUCCAGAUUAUCCGUGGAGCGCACUAGGCAUAAUUUUUAAACCUUUUUGGUAGCUCUUCUGGCAAAUUCCCAUUUUUGAGACAAUUUCAAUUCCAAACCUUAUCCUCUUCAGUAUCAUAAGGAGCAACGGAAAAUGAUUGGCCGACUCGACGCUUUCGGAAUGAUCUGCGGAAUGGUCAUGCUUCAUUUUAUCUCACAGUUUGUUUUUUUUUAGGUUUUCUAGAAGAUUUAACGGGGGGUUUGAAUAUGGAAAAUGAGGUUUUGGAGUUUUUUAAAGCCUUUGAAGGGGUAAUUUUAAAAAAUUCUGUGUUCUAAGUCCUAUGGUCGCACGUGGAAGGGUCUCAAAAGCGACCGACUCAAAGCGACUUGCGCUUGAGAGCAUUUAAAAGUGUUGAAGCUGGCUUUCGACGGGCCCUUUUCUCAAUUGAGCCAUUCUACGUGCGACCGGAGUUUUAUUAUACCUGAGAAAAAGUUUAGUGGUCACUUGAGAGGUCCCUCAAGGGUUCCUUGGAGAGGCUACUGAAAUAUUUUCCCCUUAGCGGCCACUAUAGUAAUUUUAAUGACCUAGUGAUAACUCUUAACUUUUUAAGAGGCCACUUAAUUCUAGCCCCUUAGUGGCCACUAAUUCGAAAGCUAUAGUAGCCGCUAAAACGUCAAAUCCCAAAAAUGACCACUUCCCCGCCAUUUUUUUCCAGUUGGAGAUUGAAACGAAUCAGUUUCGCGGCGAUCUCCUUGACCCUCGCUGUCUACUUGAUAGGCGCCUUCUUCUUGACGCGAUUCUUCACUCGGAUCGCGGUUUUUGUCGCCGCCGCGACAACACAGGUCGGCCGAGUCGCGUAGCCGAGUCGCCAUCGCGAUUUCAGAUGGUUUGCAUUCCCGCUCUGGUGGCCUCCGUCGAGUCGGUUCCCGCCCAUCUUCGGCCUUUCUCCAUCUGCUUGUGCUAUAUGUUUGUGAGUUGUUGAGUAGCCUAGUGGGGUGUGGGCUUGGUGGAGAGUCGAAGGGUCUUGAGUUCGGUUCCCCUGCGUGACGAGGAUUUUUUUUUGCAGUCUCAGAUUGAAAAUAUCCUGUCCAAACUUUGCUCCAGAAUAGAGAUAUAAAAUUAUAAAUGUUUAAUGAGAAUUUUUGAGAGGUAGGGAGUAGCCUAGUGGGGUGUAAUCUUGGAUGAGAGUCGAAGAGUCUUGAGUUCGGCUCCCCUACGUGACGAGGAUUUUUUUGCGGUCUCAGAUUAAAAAAAUAUCCUGUCUAAACUUUGCUUCAGAAAAAAAUAUAACAAUAUAAUUUUUUUGAUUAGCCUAAUGGGGUGUGUGCUUGGAUUGGAGUCUAAGGGUCUUGAGUUCGGUUCCCCUGCGUGACGAGAAUUUUUUUGCAGCCUCAGAUUAGGAAUAUCAUGCAUAAACUUUGCUUAAAAAAAUUGCUUUAAAUAUAUAAUUUUUGUUAAGAGAAACAUUGUCGAAAUCACAGUUCUCACGACGAUGGAAGAAAUCACGUCAAUCGAUAGAUUCUGGAUCUCUCAUGGCGCCAUGUUCCUUACCGGCAUUUUGCUUCAUUUCUUGUGAGUCUAAAAAUUCCUAUAGCUGACAACUUAGCGAAGUCGCUUCGAGUCGGGCGCAACUUUGAGAAAAAUUAUAAGAGUUUUAGAUAUGUCAAAAUCAAGGAAAAUUUCCAUUUUGAAGCUUCUGUCCACCGAACCUUGCCGUCGAAAUCGCCCAUCGUAAUUUUAUGGCUCUCAAGGAGGUCAUCCAGAAGUACUCAGUGAUCACAAGUGAUUAUUCAUCUUCAUACUUCGAGACAAAGGAGAUUUCUUAGGCAACGUCGACGAAGAAGCCGUCAUCGACGACGUCCUGUUCCUCGGCGAAGUUCCGCUUUCCAAGAUCGACGGAAUCAAGUCGCUUCUCACGACGCCGGCCUUCCUCAAGAAGCUUCUUCUCAGCUUCAUUCCCCUGUCCGUUUUUACAUUAUUCAACUUUGUGAUAGGUGGGUUAAAAUCGACAACUUUCUGGGAAAUUCUAGGGAUCCCUUAAGAGGGCUGAGGCUACUAAAGGGGUCACUAGAAACGCCACGACACGUCCGAUUCGCGUCCCGUUCGCGUUACCAAGGUCCGAGUAGAAAAUUGGAUAUUUUUUAACUUUAGCCAUGGAGCGCACAAUCCCACGGAAGUGUUGCGGCUUUUUUUUUUACCAUUUAGCUCUUUUCGGGUUUUCCAUGCUUUUGUAUGAAUUUGAUGCCCUCUCAUGUUGAAGCGCUGUUUUCAUGUAUCUUUGACCUCACCAGUGAGGGAACAGAGAGACGCAGACACUCGAAAAUUUUAAAGUCGCGGCGAACGGACCAAAUCAUUUCAGAUUUUUUCCUUCCGCUCAUAAUGUUAUUAUACAUUUUUUUUUUCUCUCUGUCCAAGGACGCUAUUAUCUUUGAAUUUCUGGACAUUUUGUACCAUUUUUAAUAAAUCUCGAAAGGAAAUCUUGUUCAGCGUGACGGUCAACCUGACGGAACGAAACGUCCGGUUCAAUUCUGGAGUCAGUCCCCUGAGAUUCCCAGAAGAAGGCGUCGCCCGAGGAUACCUCGACCUGAUCGCCUCCCUUUUGAUGGUCGUCUCGAUCCGAAGGCUUGCGAAAAAAAGGCGUGACUAUCCCAAUUCCCCGUUCAGAUUCGGUAGAAGAUUCACGAUGGUCGUGUCGCAAUUGGGAAUGUUCCUCGGCGGGAUUUUCAUCAUGCAAAUGCGCCCCAACGUUGUGUCGACCUGCGAGAAUAUUAUCCAGGCUGUCGGUCGGUUUUGGCGCAAGGAGAAUGGCUCGACGCGGUGCGGCUGCGAAGCCCAUGGAAAUUUUUAAAGGCGCAGGGAAGACUUUUAUAGAGGUCCUGGCGCGAAAAUAGUUAUUUUUAUAGAAUGAUAAGUCAGAAAAGCUGUUCAAGGCUUCGAAAAGCUCAGAAAUCUCCCAUGAUGCACCCGAAAAUUGCCAUUUGAGCUGCGACGCGACCGCAACGCUUGAGCCAUUCUCUGUGGUCAGAGCAAUCCAGAUUCUCUAUUAAGAUGUAUAUUCUGUAUAUAACAUCCGGUCGGUUUUGGCGAAAAAAAUUGGCCGCAUGGAGAAUGGCUCGAUGCGGUGCGGCUGCGAAGCCUAUUGGAAUGUUCAAAGGCGCAGAGAAGACUUUUAGAAAGGUCCUGGCACGAAAAUACUUAUUAUUAUGGAAUAAUACGACUUCGAGAAGCUUAGCAAUCUUCCAUGAUGCACCCGACCACAAGCGACUUGCGCGUUUUGGCAUUUUGAAUCGAAGGAUUCCCAUUUGAGCCGCGACGCGACCGCAACGCUUGAUUCAUUCUCUGUGGUCAGAGAGUUCCAGAUUCUCUAUUGAGAUGUACAUUCUGUACAUAAUUAUCCAGACUGUCGGUCGGUUUUGGCGAAAAAAAAUUGGCCGCAUGGAGAAUGGCUCGAUGCGGUGCGGCUGCGAAGCCUAUUGGAAUGUUCAAAGGCGCAGAGAAGACUUUUAGAAAGGUCCUGGCACGAAAAUACUUAUUAUUAUGGAAUAAUACGACUUCGAGAAGCUUAGCAAACUUCCAUGAUGCACCCGACCCCAAGCGACUUGCGCGUUUUGGCAUUUUGAAUCGAAGGAUUCCCAUUUGAGCCGCGACGCGACCGCAACGCUUGAGCCAUUCUGAAUGGGAUUACAACGUUUCAGAUCCUCCAUGAGGAUGUAUAUUUUUUUCCAUAUCGCCCAAUUUCAGACCAAGAUACAAACCUCAUUCCGGGCUAUUGUCUCUAUCGAAUCGGAUUUUUCAUCGCCAGAACUACGAGCGCUAUGGUUUCGAAAUUAUGAUUGAAUUUAUUUUUGAUGAUUUUCAGAUGUUAUUCGAACAUAUUCCGACAAUAUCGAGAGCUUAUUUUGUUCCGAUCAUUGUUGGACUGUUGUUCUUGUGCCGAUACACGUUUGGGGUAUCAUUUUAUAGAUUUCAGCGUUAAAAAAAGUUGAAAAACGAAAAAUGUAUGUAGAAGAAGAAAUGUUCGGUGUCUUCAAACCAUUUUACAACUUUUUUCUGAAGCUAAAUAGUCGAUUCAUUUUGACUUGACCGCAUCUAGAACGGCCCAACGCUUCGCGGUCGCGCUGCGGCGGGCAGAAGCUUUUUCUUAGAUUUUCAAUGCAGACCAGCGCAAGUCGCUUUGUGGUCGGCUUCAAAGAAAUUUUAGUCCGUUUCUGACAGGUUUCAAGGAUUGUUAAAGGCGCAGCGACUAUCUUAAAAAAGAUUCCAGUGCGAAAAGCGUGAUUAGUGUAGAAUAAUAAGGGAGGCAGGCCUGAAAAAGUGAAAAACUUUUUUUUUUGCUAUGAAUUUUUGAACUUUAACUUGGGCUGCGACGCGUCGAGCCAUUCCCAAUGCGACCAAGGUUUUUUCAAGACGGUGUAAAUAUAGCUAUUCGGUUUCAGAAAAAAUAACUAAAGUCUCUUUUCCGAUCUUUUGCCUCUUUAGCAAAUCUGGCUUUUCAACGACCGGGACGACGAAGUUUUCUCGCAUACCUGGUCGACUUUGGUCCUUUUCGGGCUCAUCGGAGUCCUUUGCUCCCUGUGGAUCGAUAAUUCAUCCCUGCAGCCGGUUUCCAAAGGCGAAGUCCCCUGUUAUGCGUGAGUUUGGAAAAUUUCAUCCUGAUGCUGGAAAAAUGGAAAAAAGGGCUGUAAAUAAGCAAGAAUGUGUGCUCCAUUUACAAUUGAAAACUUUUUUUCUUGUAGGGUUCGAGAAAAUGGUUUUUUUUUUCGAUUUGCCAUUUCGCAACGAAAAUUAGGAAUUUUCAAUGGGUUACUGUAGCUUUGAAACUGGACCAUUUUUUUCUAUCUUAGAGAUUUCGAAUUUUUACUUAUUUUUCCUCCUUGGCGGGAGCUUGAAUUUCUGGAUUUGUUUAACUUGAUUUUUUUACAAUUUUUUUCGGAAAUUUUUUUAUACGAAUUAGUAGCUUUUUAUGAUUUCUAUUUCAUACGUAUUAGAAUUUCUGCUCAAAAAAAGGGUUAAAAUCGCUGGAAAAAAAGCUGAAAUUUUAGAAAAAUACUCAUAUUUUUGAAAUCUUUUUUUCAGUGUUUUUCUCGAUUUAACUAAAAAAAUUAAAGUUAAAAAAACAGAAAUAAUGAGUUCUACUAUUUUAUUUUUAUCUUCAACAAAACGUUUCAUACUUUAGUGAACCUAUUUUUUUGCAGAGAGAAACGGAAGAGAAUCAUUUUUGAACCACUCCCCACGCCAAAAGAAAACUGA